CGGAGAUCUCGGGGCUCGGAGCCGGCCGCCGCUCCGCUCCGAUCGCUGUGGGGCUCGGUUUUUUGGGGGUGGGGGGGCGGGGGGGCUCAGAUAUGGAGGCAAAUGGGAGCCAAGGCACCUCGGGCAGCGCCAACGACUCCCAGCACGACCCCGGUAAAAUGUUUAUCGGUGGACUGAGCUGGCAGACCUCACCAGAUAGCCUUAGAGACUAUUUUAGCAAAUUUGGAGAAAUUAGAGAAUGUAUGGUCAUGAGAGAUCCCACUACGAAACGCUCCAGAGGCUUCGGUUUCGUCACGUUCGCAGACCCAGCAAGUGUAGAUAAAGUAUUAGGUCAGCCCCACCAUGAGUUAGAUUCCAAGACGAUUGACCCCAAAGUUGCAUUUCCUCGUCGAGCGCAACCGAAGAUGGUCACAAGAACAAAGAAAAUAUUUGUAGGCGGGUUAUCUGCGAACACAGUAGUGGAAGAUGUAAAGCAAUAUUUCGAGCAGUUUGGCAAGGUAGAAGAUGCAAUGCUGAUGUUUGAUAAAACUACUAACAGGCACAGAGGGUUUGGAUUUGUCACUUUUGAGAAUGAAGAUGUUGUGGAGAAAGUCUGUGAGAUUCAUUUCCAUGAAAUCAAUAAUAAAAUGGUAGAAUGUAAGAAAGCUCAGCCGAAAGAAGUCAUGUUCCCACCUGGGACAAGAGGCCGGGCCCGGGGACUGCCUUACACCAUGGACGCGUUCAUGCUGGGCAUGGGGAUGCUGGGAUACCCCAACUUCGUGGCGACCUAUGGCCGCGGCUACCCCGGAUUUGCUCCUAGCUAUGGCUAUCAGUUCCCAGGCUUCCCAGCAGCGGCUUAUGGACCAGUGGCAGCAGCGGCGGUGGCGGCAGCAAGAGGAUCAGUCCUGAAUAGCUACAGUGCUCAACCGAAUUUUGGCGCGCCCGCUUCCCCGGCAGGCUCCAACCCGGCGCGGCCCGGAGGCUUCCCGGGGGCCAACAGCCCAGGACCUGUCGCCGAUCUCUACGGCCCUGCCAGCCAGGACUCCGGAGUGGGGAAUUACAUAAGUGCGGCCAGCCCACAGCCGGGCUCGGGCUUCGGCCACGGCAUAGCUGGACCUUUGAUUGCAACGGCCUUUACAAAUGGAUACCAUUGAGCAGGUGCUUUCGUUGCCAUCUCACUCUGAGAGCAUACCUGGAUGUCCAGGCAAGACUGGGCGAAGUUUCUGAGUGGCCCUUUGUUUAGGUGAUGUCCUCAGACCUGGACCCCCACCAGCCUCACUCCCCAUCCCAACCAGAGAUGGCUCACUUCGGAUCGAGGGUUGACUACAUCUCAUCAUCUCACAAAUCUGCUGUAAUAUAAGACAACAGCUUUUAAAUGUGUAUAUAACCCAUGAUUUCGGUUUGUUUUGUUUUGUUUUUCUUGAUGGUUUCCCUCUCCCUUCCUCUCUUCCCAUUCUCCUUUUAAAUCUCUUUGAAUCACAUUUGGUAGUGAUUUUGACUUAGUCCAGUAGUCACAUAGCUUUAAUAUCUAGUUCAAAGCUAACCAUAGUAUAAUUGUUAUAUUAAGGAGUUAUUUUUUCUUAAAAUUUUUUUUUGCUUGUUUUGGUUCUGUUCUCACUUUUAAAGGAUGCUGAGAUGGUAAUGUUACUCUCCCUAUUUUGGUACCAAUUCUGAGACUGUAUGAAUUUUCAGGUGGAACUUGAGCACACACUGAAGCAAAGUUGUGAAGUGCGGGGCGGGAGGUGGGCAUGAGCUUUCUAUUUUGCGUUGUAGAAGAAGUGAGAUGUAGUAAGCUAAUUAACAGACUCUCUAGCAGUUCUUUUUGUGAUGUCUCUUUGUUAAUCUGAGUCUAUCUAUUUUCGGCAAUAAGGUAAGGACGACAGUGUUUUGGGUGUCCUCCUUUUCUAUAAGUGCUUUUUUUCUGUUGAAAGAGGUGAUAUUAUAAGGUUUUUUGAAAUUGUGAAUUCUAAAAAAGAAAUGUUGUAAAUACAAUUCCAUUAACUACAUAGAAACUAUUAAGAAAGAGAGAAUCAAAAAUAUUUUUGUGACGGAGUCGGUCCCAGGCAGUUUGAUGCUCUGUGGAAGGAGGCGGGAAGGGAACGUUGGCCAAGUCAGUUACUGAGAUGAAGAUCGCCCAGCUGCCAGGACCACCCCAGGACAAGUUAGAGCACUGUUUAGCUCCUCUGUCUGUGUGAUAGACCUAAGAACUGUAUUAGUGUUGUACCAGCCUAUUAACCUCUUGUCUGUGCACAGCUUCAAAUGUUACCGUCUAGUUAGAUUUUUAUUUAAAAUAUGAAAAACUGCUUUUCCCAAGACGUUUUUUAAAAACAAAGCUACAAUUUUAAUAUUUAACAUAUUUAAAGUUUCAAAGCACACCUGUUUGGCUUGGGUGGGGGUGGGGUGGGGGGGAUAUUCUUUUUCAGUCUUAAUUUUUAAAUAUUUGAUCAUUUCUAUUGUCCAAUCAUUUCAGCACCUCCAAAGGUUCCUAGGACACUUUGCCUCUCUUCUCCCCCUGCUCCCC